UAGCUAACCUAGGAGGCGAGACAGAUUGGGAGGGUCUCGUGGCCCGGCCUCCUUUGUGCCCAUCUGCCCGGCGAGUGGCUAACCGGGGCCCGGAGGCGGAGAGAAGGCCGAGUCUAAGCCCGCCUGCAGCACGUAAGAGUCCGGAGGUCUCAUAGCCCCGCCCCAACCGCUCGACUUCUGGUGUCUCUGGGGCAAGUCGUCUGGACUCUGGGAGGUUGAAGAUGGCGUCGGCUGCGACCGCAUCUGCGCCUGCGCGGGUUGCGGAAAGCAGUACAGUUUGCACGCUGGAGUUCGCCGUGCAGAUGAGUUGCCAGAGCUGCGUGGACGCGGUGCAGAAGUCUCUGCGUGGCGUGGCAGGUGUCCAGGGAGUGGAGGUGCAUCUGGAGAAUCAGAGCGUCCUGGUGACAACCACCUUACCCAGCCAGGAAGUGCAGAAUCUCCUGGAGAGCACAGGGCGCCAAGCAGUGCUCAAGGGCAUGGGCAGCCACAUGCUUCAGAACCUGGGUGCUGCAGUGGCCAUGAUGGGGCAGCCAGGGGCCGUGCAAGGAGUUGUGCGUUUCCUACAAGUGUCCCCCAAAAGCUGCCUCAUUGAGGGGACAAUCGAUGGCCUAGAGCCUGGGCCCCAUGGCCUCCACGUCCAUCAGUUUGGGGACUUGACUCAAAAUUGUGCCAGCUGUGGAGACCACUUUAACCCUGAUGGAAUGCCACAUGGCGGCCCCAAGGACACCCAACGGCACCAGGGAGAUCUGGGGAACGUCUGUGCCGAUGCUGAUGGGAGAGCAACCUUCAGAAUAGAGGAUGAGCAGCUCAAGGUAUGGGACAUCAUUGGCCGAAGUCUGGUCGUUGAUGCAGGUGAAGAUGACCUUGGUCGGGGAGGGCACCCACUCUCCAAGAUCACCGGCAACUCUGGAGAGAGGUUGGCUUGCGGCAUCAUCGCUCGCUCUGCCGGCCUCUUCCAGAAUCCUAAGCAGAUCUGCUCCUGUGACGGCCUCACCAUCUGGGAAGAGCGGGGCCGGCCUGUAGCUGGUGAGGGCCGGAGGAAGCCUGAUCAAACCCCUUCUCAUCUCUGACUUGCCUCUGCUGGGAUGGGGUGAGCCUUCUCUUAUGCCUCUACCUGAGAAGGUGUGGAUUAUGUUCCACCGUCUCUAAUCAAGUCGAAUCAGAAAACCCUCCUUUCCUUGUGGGACCCAACAUCCAAGGUGACCCUGCUAACUCAUUCCAGUGCCAAGGAGGCAAAGAUGCUCGCGGCAGCUUCUCCUCAUCUUUCUCCUGCUCCUUCUCCUCAAAUUAAAGGUUUAUUUUCCUAUCAAA